GUAAAACCAAAGAAGGAACGUCUAGAAGAGGCGCUAGAGUCGUUACGUAUGAAGCAGCAGAUCCUGGCGGAAGCUCGCGCCAAACUCCGCGAGCUCAGCGAGAUGAUCGCCAGGCUGCAGCGGGAGUAUGAUGAGAAGGUGGCGCAGAAGGAAGAACUUGAGAGACGAUCCAGGAUGCUGCAACUCAAGCUCGAACGAGCUGAAGCACUUAUUACUGGACUCUCUGGCGAGAAGGAGCGCUGGGAGCUAACAGUGGAGCGUUUGGACAAGGAGUUUGACAAUUUGCCGGGAGACUGUCUCAUUGCUACUGGCUUCGUAGCGUACCUUGGACCCUUCGUCUCCGAGUACAGGGAGUCUCUCAUGGAAGACUGGUUCUUGGAGGUGUGUAAUGAGAAUCUCCCGGUGACCAUGGACCUCAGCAUGAAGAAGUUCUUACUGGACGACGCUACCCUACGAGAUUGGAAUUAUAUGGGAUUGCCUGAUGACAACUUCAGUGCUGAGAACGGCAUCAUAGUAGUGCGGGCGACGCGGUGGCCGCUAGCCGUGGACCCUCAGGGGCAGGCACUCAUAUGGAUCUCCAGGCUAGAGGAGCAGAAUGGCAUACAGGUCGUGGACUUUGGUCAGCCGAACUAUAUGAAGGUGAUGGAGACCUGCCUCUCAACCGGCAAGCCAAUAAUCAUUCAGAAUGUUGGCGAAGUACUGGAUCCUUCCAUAGCUCCUAUUUUAGAGAAGGCCGUCGUCACCAUCGGUUCCUCGAAGGUCAUCAAGUUUAAUGACAAGAUGGUCUCCUACCAUGAAGAUUUUCAUCUUUAUUUGACUACUAAACUUGGUAACCCAGUGUACACUCCGGAAACUUUAACGAAGACCACAAUGGUAAACUUCGCGGUGAAGGAGCAAGGACUGACGUCUCAACUACUCGGCAUAGUCGUACGCAAGGAGAGACCUCAACUGGAACAGAUGAAGGACACGCUUGUAUUGUCCAUCGCGCAUAACAAGAAAGUGCUUGUGGACUUAGAGAACGACCUCCUCCGCAUAAUGUACGAGUCUCAAGUCCCUCUCCUGGAGAACGAGGAGUUGUUCAUAACUCUACAGACCUCACAGAGGACCUCACUAGAGGUCAAGGAGGCACUCAUCACAUCACAGGUCACUGAGAAAGAAAUCGACACUGCUAGAGCGGGUUACGUCCCAGUGGCAAUUCGUGCAUCAGUGCUAUUCUUCGCCCUGAACGACUUGUCCCGUAUCGACCCAAUGUACCAGUUCUCCCUGGACGCAUACAUCGACCUGUUCAUGUACUCUAUAGACCGUAGUCCUAAGGCGGGGGAACUGGAGGACAGGAUCAAUAAUCUUAACGAGUUCCAUACCUACGCUGUUUACAAGAACACAUGUCGCGCAUUAUUUGAGCGACACAAGCUACUGCUGUCUUUCCACAUAGUGUCCCGGAUUCUAUUCCAGAAUGGCAAGAUGAGUCGCAACGAAUACAUAUUUCUCUUGAAGGGAGGAGUUGUCCUCGACAGAUCGGAACAGCCGGAUAAUCCAACCAAUUGGAUGCCAGACGAGUGCUGGGACAAUAUAACAGAGUUGGACAAGUUGCCGGGCUUCCACGGCAUUGUGGACGUGUUCGAGCCACUCAGCAAGGAGUGGAAGGAGUGGUAUCUACAUCCAGAGCCUGAGUCUCAGCCUCUUAUUGGCGACUGGAACGACAUCUGCAGCGAGUUCCAGAAGAUCCUGUUCAUUCGAUCACUGCGCGUGGACCGAGUGUCCGCCUGCAUCACUACGUUCAUCAUCAAUGUACUCGGCCCAAGAUAUGUCGAGCCGCCUGUACUCGAUAUACGGGCGGCGUGGGAGGAGUCGUCGUGGAAGACGUCCCUGUUGUUCGUGCUGUCCCCGGGCGUGGACCCCACGGCGGCGCUCAUACAGCUGUCGCAGGACGUCAAGAUGUUCGACCGGUUCCAGUCGCUCAGUCUGGGGCAGGGACAGGCUGCCACCGCUACUAGGAUGCUAUCGCACGGCAUGAAGGAGGGAGGCUGGGUGUUCCUGGCCAACUGCCACCUGGCGUGCGAGUGGCUGGGCUCCCUGCGGGGGCUGGACAACCCCAAGAUCCACCCCCGGUUCCGCCUGUGGCUGUCCUCCAUGCCGGACAACAAGUUCCCCCUGCACAUGCUGCAGCGGAGCAUCAAGAUGACCACGGAGCCGCCACAGGGCUUGAAAGGCAACUUGGUCCGUCUAUUCGCGAACAUAAACGAGGACAAGUUCGACGAGGCGACCCCGAAGUACCGGCGCCUGUUGUUCUGCGUGUCGUUCUUCCACUGCACGCUCAUCGCGCGCAAGCGGUUCCGGCAGCUCGGGUACAACGCCGUCUACAGCUUCAACGACGCAGACUUCGACGUAUCAGACAACUUACUGGCGAAUUACUUGGAAGAAUACGAGGAAGUCCCAUGGGACGCGCUGAGGUAUCUGUUCGCGAUCAUCAACUACGGGGGACAUAUCACGGACGACUGGGACAAGCGAGUGCUCAUCGCAUACAUCAACCAGUUCUUCAAUGAAGAGGCUCUCGAAACUCCUUUCUAUAGGCUAUCGACGAUCCCCGCGUACCACAUCCCGCGCGACGGGUCGCUGGAGUCGUACCGCGACUUCCUGGACCUGCUGCCCGGCUACGAGCGCGCCGAGUCGCUCGGCCAACACGCCUCCGCGGACGUCGCCACGCUCGCACAGAAGAAUGUUGCACAUAAGAUGACGAUAUUGAGAUUUAAUCUUAACGUGUGUCGCGGGGCGCAUGAAAACAUUUCUCGUUCUUUGGACAGCCCUGCUUUAAAAUAUCAUGCUAAAAGGCUAUUGAGCAUGUUUAAAAAUGCUGUUGAUGAUGAUGAUGAUGAUGAAAAAUGUUCAACAAUCGAACGUCUGUCGAUACGCAAGUAUGCCACAGGUCAGCAAAAAUACAGAUGCCCUGAUAAUGUGCUCUACGUUGUUCGCCCUGGCCAGUACGGGCGGGGGCGGCGCGGGGGGCGGGGAGGACCAAAAGGUAACUACAUCACGUCUUUCAUUCCCGAAGGGGUGGAUGAGUUAGCACAGGAGAUGCUGACGAAACUCCCAGCCCGAAUAGACCUGGAGACGACGGAGCGUAUGAUGGGCCCGGAGAUUGUGAUGCCCAUGUGUGUCUCGUUGCUGCAGGAGAUCGGAUAUUAUAACGUUCUCCUCAAUAUCAUCAUUUCUGGACUCAAGGAGCUUCGACGCGCAAUCGAAGGUCUGGUGGUGAUGUCGGAGAUGCUGGAGACGAUGUACACCUGCAUUUACGAAGGCAAGACUCCAAGCUUCUGGCUCAGAGGCCGGCCGUCCAUGAAGCCGCUGGGCGCGUGGUGCCGCGAGUUGUUCCUGCGCGGGGCCCACCUGACGGGCUGGGCCGCGGCCCCGCGCGCGCCGCCCACGCUCUGCUGGCUGCCCGCCUUCGUCGCGCCCACCGGCUUCCUCACUGCCGUCAUGCAGACGACGGCGCGAGGCGAGAGUUGGCCCAUUGAUACUCUGUGCUGGGAGUUCACCGUGAUGCCGCUGGAGGAGGCUGGCUUCGUGCGCCCGCCGAGAGAUGGAGGGGUCUAUAUCAGGGGCCAGUACCUGGAGGGCGCGUCAUGGUUCCGCAAGGAGGGCUACCUGCAGGAGCCGCUCCCCAUGCAGCUAGUGUUCCCGAUGUCCCCCAUACACUUCAAGCCAGUCCGCGUCACUGGGAAGCGCACGCGCAACCGCUACGUAUGUCCAUGCUACUAUUACCCGCUCCGCAUGGGGGCGUUCGUGGUGGCCGUGGACCUGCCGGCCGGGAAGGAGACGGCGGAGUUCUGGGUCAAACGCGGCACUGCCAUGCUCUGCACGCUCGCCACGUGA